GGCGGGGCGGGGCUCCGCAUGGGCGCGUGCGCCGUGCCCCUGCGCCGCGGUUGGAGCGGGCCGGUGGGGGAGGCUAUGGCGGCCACGUUCUUCGGUGAGGUGGUUAAAGCGCCGUGCCGAGCCGGGACGGAGGACGAGGAGGAAGAAGACGAAAGGAAGAAGGAAACUCCCGAGGACAGGGAGGUCCGGCGACAGCUGGCACGGAAGAGGGAGGUGCAGCUCCUUCGAAGACAGACUGAUACAUCUUUGGAAGUUUCUUUGCUAGAAAAAUAUUCUUGCUCCAAGUUUAUAAUUGCUAUAGGAGGUAAUGCAGUAGCAUUUUUGUCAUCAUUUGUUAUGAAUUCAGGAGUCUGGGAAGAAGUUGGUUGUGCUAAACUCUGGAAUGAAUGGUGUAGAACAACGGACAGUGCACAUCUGUCCCCCUCAGAGGCUUUUUGUGUGUUUUAUCAUCAAAAAUGCAAUCCUUCAGUUUUCCUUUGUCAGUGCAGUUGCUACGUGGCUGAAGAUCAACAGUAUCAGUGGCUCGAAAAGGUUUUUGGCUCUUGUCCAAGGAAGAACAUGCAGAUAACUAUUCUCACAUGUCGACAUGUUACCGACUAUAAAACCUCAGAAUGUACUGGCAGCCUUCCUUCUCCUUUCCUGAAAGCCCUAAAAACACAGAAUUUCAGAGGCCGUGUAUGCUGUUCACUGCUAGAACAGCCGAAUAUCGUACAUGAUCUUCCCGCAGCAGUUCUCAGUUACUGCCAAGUAUGGAAGAUCCCUGCGGUUCUAUACUUGUGUUAUACUGAUGUGAUGAAGUUAGACCUAAUUACAGUGGAAGCUUUUAAGCCUAUACUUUCUUCCAGAAGCUUGAAGGGUUUGGUUAAGAAUAUUCCCCAAAGCACAGAAAUCCUGAAGAAAUUGAUGACAGCAAAUGAGAUUCAGAGUAAUAUUUAUACAUGACACCAAAGAAUGUUUGUAAUAUAUGUUACCUGUUCAUUCCUUUAUGGGGAGCAGUGUUUUGUAGGUUACUUCUUUGGGGGGGGUUUAUUUUGAGGGUACAAAACAGAAUAAAGUUGUAAAAA